CUGGAAUCCAAUGGAAGGGGGUCCUCCUCAAGUGAAGAAAACAGAAUUCACAGAAUGCUGGCAGACAGUUUGGAAAACACCCUACAUUAUGCGGCUUGCCCUGUCAGCUGGCAUUGGAGGUCUCCUCUUUGGUUACGACACAGGUGUUAUUUCUGGCGCCCUUCUCUACAUCCGGGAUGACUUCAAAUCUGUGGAGAAGCAUACAUGGCUGCAGGAAACAAUUGUGAGCAUGGCCGUAGCAGGAGCUAUUAUUGGGGCUGCAUUAGGUGGAUGGUUGAAUGAUAGAUAUGGGCGGAGAAAAUCAAUUUUAAUUGCUGAUUUUCUUUUUUUUGUUGGUGCAAUUGUCAUGGCUUUUUCUCAUUCUCCCGGGUUGAUAAUUUUUGGAAGAAUACUUGUGGGUUUGGGAGUUGGAAUGGCAUCCAUGACUGCACCUCUUUAUAUCUCAGAAGCUUCUCCAGCUAGAAUUAGAGGGGCAUUAGUAAGCACAAAUGGUUUGCUGAUUACAGGAGGGCAGUUUUUGUCUUAUCUGAUCAACUUAGCCUUCACCAAAACACCUGGAACCUGGCGUUGGAUGCUUGGGGUGGCAGGAGUUCCAGCCCUUGUUCAGUUCAUAUUGAUGCUUUCGCUUCCUGAGUCUCCUAGAUGGCUAUAUAGGCAGAAUAAGGAACAAGAAGCGAGAGCCAUCUUAGAUAAGAUCUAUCCAGCCAACGAAGUUGAAGAUGAAAUGAAAGCCUUGCAAUUGUCUGUAGAAGCUGAAAAGGCUGAGGAAGGUUCUAUUGGUGAUGGUAUUAUUGCAAAACUAAGAAGGGCUUUUGGCAAUGUUGUUGUCCGAAGGGGCCUUUAUGCUGGUAUCACAGUCCAGGUGGCUCAGCAGUUUGUGGGUAUCAAUACUGUGAUGUAUUAUAGUCCCACCAUUGUUCAACUGGCUGGGUUUGCUUCAAACAAGACAGCUUUAGCACUGUCCCUCAUUACUUCCGGCCUUAAUGCGGUUGGCUCCAUUGUCAGUAUGGCCUUUGUCGACAGAUAUGGCAGGAGGAGGUUGAUGAUUUGCUCUAUGAUAGGGAUCAUAGUUUGCCUUGUGGUUUUAGCCAUCGUGUUCCGUGAAGCUGCGUCCCAUUCACCCCUUAUCAGUAGUUUUGAAUCCACCCACUUUGGUGGCAACUCUACAUGUCCAAACUACUUGAAAGCCCCAGAUGCAUCAUCUUGGAAUUGCAUGACAUGCUUGAAAGCAUCUUCAGAUUGCGCCUUCUGUAGUGAUGGAGAUAACGAAUAUUUGCCUGGAGCUUGCCUAGCUGCAGAAGAUGCUAUAAGGGGCGCAUGCCGUGCAGAGCGCCGUACGUGGUACACCAAUGGUUGUCCAAGCAGGUAUGGAAUUCUGGCUGUUUUAGUCUUAGGAGCGUACAUCAUAUCAUACUCACCAGGAAUGGGAACGGCACCAUGGAUCGUGAACUCUGAAAUCUAUCCACUGAGAUACCGAGGCAUUGGUGGAGGAAUCGCGGCAGUUAGUAACUGGGUUUCUAAUCUCAUAGUGAGCGAGUCAUUCUUAUCUUUGACUGAGGCUCUGGGUUCUGCCUACACAUUUCUCCUAUUUGCUGGGUUUUCCUUCAUUGGACUGGUGGCCAUAUCCUUGCUUGUGCCUGAAACCAAAGGGUUGCAACUUGAGGAGGUUGAGAAGAUGCUUGAAAAAGGCUACAGACCAAAUUUACUUCCCAAAUGUUUCAAGAGAAGGAAGGAUGAUUCUACUCAAGUCAGCAACAAUUCAUGAUUUCUUGGAAGCUCUAUUUUUUUUUUUUUAUUGAAUCCUAGGCCAAAUUAGAUCACAAACUUAUUAAUUUCUUGGUGAUUUUAGCUGCUAUGAGAUA